AUGGCAUGGUUGGAUUUUUUGUCUAAAAAAGCCAACAACAGAAUGCAAGGAAAUCAGGGAAUGGACGAUGAAAUGAAAGAGAUUCGAGAAAAGUAUGUUCUGCUAAAGAAAAAAGUAAAAGAAGUGAUUGAAAGAAAGAAGAAGGCAUUAAAAGAUGAAUAUGACAGGAAAUUCUCUGACAACUUUCGAGCGAACAUUAAAUUGUUCUGGAAGUUGGUAAGAAAGGCUCGAGGGAAGUCAGAGAAUACAAAUCUGGAUGUGAUAAGGGAUGAAAAUGGAGAUGUUUUGAAAGAUGAAAAUAAAGUUCUUAAAAGAUGGAAGGAAUAUUUUGAAAGUUUGUUUGAAUGCACAGAUUGUAGGACUAGUAGUGAUGUAGAGGUAGAAAAUGAAAGAAAAGUAGAUGAGGAAAACAAGAUAAUUAUGAAAGAAAUUAUGGAAGCAUUAAAAAGAAUGAAAGUUGGUAAAUCGGCCGGGUAUGAUAGGGUAUCUUUAGAGAUGCUAAGAGCGGGAGGUGGAGUGGCUGCAAAUUUGGAAAAGGCUUAUGAUAUAGUGAGGAGGAAUGAUUUAUGGGAGACACUGUCCGUUUAUGGAGUGGACAGUCACCUGACGCGGGCACUGGGGUCCCUUUAUAGGGAGUCUAGCGCUUGUGUCAGGAUAAACGGAGCAUACACCGACUGGUUUGAUAUCCACAGGGGUGUUAGACAGGGAUGUGUGGCUUCGCCUUGGCUGUUUAAUCUGUUUAUGGAUAGUUGUCUCAAGGAUAUGAAAGAUGAUGAAAGAGGUUUAAGAAUAGGAGAGUUACUUCUUAAGUGCUUGCUGUAUGCUGACGAUCAAGUCAUACUUGCAUCGUCGGUAGAACAGCUGCAACAACAAGUAACUCUCAUGCAUGAAAGUUUUAAAAGGAAAGGAAUGAAAGUGAAUGUUAGUAAGACGAAAGUGAUGGUGUUUGAAAGAGAUGAAGAGGUAACUGAAUGUGAGAUCACGAUCGAGAACGAAAGAGUGGAGCAAGUGAAUGAGACCCUACUCAUCAUGCCCAGGGUUCACGUGGGGUGCCUCCUCAGCUAUAAAUAUUGA